AUGCCUGGCACGCCCCGGUCGGCGGCCAGGAAGCCAUCCAGUCUGCGACAUGCCUCCGACAGACCCGACAGAACUGAGCGGGAGCGUGAAAGGGGCGAACGGGGCGAGACCGCCUCGGGAAAAGAGAGGGAGAGGGAUCGAGAACGGGACCAAUCACGCCGCACGCCCUCGGACGCGAUCUCGCUCCGGAACCGUGCGUCCUCGCCUAACUCACGCAAGGAGAAGGAAAGAGAGCGGACGAAACGACGGACGAGCGCCUCUCCCCGCCGACGCUUAGAGCCGCGCCUCCCGAACGACUACAAGGCAGUUCCCGUGCCCGCGACGAACAUGUACUGGUCCCGCGCGCCCACGCACGGCCUCCUCCCAUCACGCCCGACGCGCGCACACACCGCAACGCUCGUGGACAGCACGGUGUGGCUGUUCGGCGGGUGUGAUGAGCGUGGGUGCUGCGCAGACGUGUGGACAUUCGACACGGAUUCGUUCUUGUUUUCCAGACCGGACACACAGGGUGACCCGCCGCCGCCUUGCCGCGCGCACUCGGCGACGCUGGUGGACCGCAAGAUUGUUUUCUUCGGAGGUGGGCAGGGACCUGUGUACUACAACGCGACGUGGAUUUUGGAUACGACGACUCACCGCUGGAUCAAGCCGACGUUCAUCAUCCCGGAGGGAAAGGACCCGGAAGACUACACACCUGCGCCAAGGCGCGCGCAUACAGCUGUGCUGUAUGACAAUAAGAUAUGGGUGUUUGGAGGGGGAAACGGGCUGCAGGCCCUGGCUGACCUCUGGGCGCUGGACGUCUCUGGUUCUGUCGACAAGCUCAAAUGGGAAAAAGUUGAGACGGGAGGCGAUGAAAAGCCGAGCCCAAGAGGGUAUCACACCGCCAACCUCGUAGGUGACAUUAUGGUCGUUAUCGGCGGGAGUGAUGGCAAGGAGUGUUUCUCGGACGUCUGGUGCCUCAAUCUCCGCACGAUGUGGUGGACACGGGUUGAUUCCUUGACCAAAGCACCUUCGUAUCGCCGGCUCUCGCACACCUCCACACAAGUUGGAUCCUACCUCUUCGUCAUCGGUGGGCACGACGGUAGCUCGUACAGCUCGGACGUUCUUCUGUAUAACCUUGUUUCCCUGCAGUACGAACCCCGCGUCAUCCGCGGCAGACCGCCGACAGCUCGGGGCUACCAUGUUGCUCUCAUCGCAGACAGUCGUCUGUUCACUUUUGGAGGCUUCAAUGGCCAUGACGUUUUCGACGACGUGCAUAUUCUGGAGCUUGCAGGGGCCGCAUAUCUCCCGCAGGUUAUGAGCUUCGCGAUUCCAAUCUAA